GUGAUGCUGACGCUCUGUGUCGAUCUCCCGCCAGAUCUUCGCUCGCUCGCUCGAAGUUUAAACGUCGGGUUUGCAUCCGUCUUUGUCGAGAGACUUUUUUUGGUAAAGAAUACGUUUAUUGAAAACCGUUUCAAAGGGGAAGAAACGUUUGAAAACUUUUUGAAUACCUGGAUAAAGUAGCGUACCACUCUUUGUUUUGGGGAAAAUUGUGUACAAGUGAGAGGGAGAGAAAGAGAGAGAGAAAAGACAGGCAAAGGAACUUGGAAGUGUUCUCUCCAAUUUGUAUAUUUUUUUGAAACUCUGAUAUAUCCACCAAAUAUUCACCAGCAGUGAGAUGGACCUACAGAGAUCAUCAUAAGUGCGGAUUAAAAUGGUCAGGUAAAGAGGCGAAACUGAAUUGUUAGUGUUUCAGUUAUGACCAUGACUCUCAGUGGAAAUAAGUAAGGUACGUGAAUGAAGUGAAACUGACUGAAACUUGCAAAAUUCACAAGUGAUGAAGCACAGCUUAGUUUGAAGGUAACCUGUUGAGUGGAAACAGAAGUGAUAAUACUAAUCCACGAGGUAUUUGGUCAAGUAAGCCUCACGUGACUGAGGUGCAUCAAGUGUCCAGCUCAAAAAAGUUCACGUGACCACAGUAAACCAAAGCAAAAGCAAUAAUGUCCUUAAAGGCAGCACCAAAAGAACCGAAUGUGUGGCUCUGCAGAGCGAAGUACUUAUUCUUCUGUAACUCGCUGGCUAACAUCUGCUCUCACAGACGCCAUUGUCCCAACAGAUUCGGUUUCAUCAUCAAUGUCAUCUCUGUCUUGACCGUUUUUGCAAGUCACGUAUCCGGAGACCCUGUGCCAGGAUGGAAGGACGAAACUGACUGGAGUUCGGGCCAGGACAAGGAAGGAGGCAGAAGGGGCCCCCACCUCCUGCCGGAUCUCCCAACCAACAUCUCUGUCACGGCUGGGAUGCAGGCGACCCUCCCUUGUCGCGUGGCCAAUCUCAAAGGCAGAGCCGUAUCGUGGAUACGACAAGAAGACUUGAAGGUUCUGGCAACGGACGAGGCUAUAUUCACAUCGGACAAGAGACUGAAAGUCGUUGCCUGGCGCACGGGCGUGGUGUGGGCUUGGGAUCUGCAGAUCGAAGAGGCCAACGUGAAUGAUUCGGGUGUUUACGAGUGCCAGGUCAAUACGAGGCCAAAGAUAUCCCAUCCCGUCGUCCUCAAUGUACAGCAGGGGGGCGCCGUGAUAGCUGGCCCUACGGAGGUGUACGUCGAAAUCGGGUCGCGUCUUCUCCUGACCUGUUGGGUCACAGCUCCGCCGAAGCCACCUGGACCCUUGACUUGGUAUCAUGGAAAGGAGCCCAUUCAUGCACACACAGCAAGGAGCGGCGUCAGCUUACACGUGGCUCAGGAAGGAGCCACGGCGAGCGCUCGGCUCUCAUUGACCAGCGUGACUGCGACAGAUGCAGGCAAUUACACCUGUAAUCCCGAGGGCCUGACGCCGGCCUUCGUCACUGUCUACGUUUUGCAAGACAAGGAGCCGCGAGCCAUGCAUCACGAUAGUGCAACAAGCAACACCUGUAAUUUGCCGACGCUAAUGACAUCUCCCGGUCAUCUUAUUGCUGGGUCGUUAAGGAUGAUGGCACUUGUUUUGGUUCCUUCCGAACGAAUGUUGGUUGCAAACUUAUAUCCCCCCCGUUGGAAUUUUUUAUCUUUGAAGAGUGAAGUCUUCUGUGGUAAUUCAGAAUCCUUAGGCCUUGGAAUUUUAUCUUGGAAGAGUGAAGACUUCUGUGGUAAUUCAAAAUCCUAA